ACAAUUGCGCGCAUUCUUUUGUACAAUGACAGCAACGAUUCCUUGAAUGGAUUAUUUUAUUUGAAAACUUUAUUAUAUUCAUAUGUCGGUAAUUGGAGGAGUUUAGAAAUAAUAUUUAUAGAUUAACGAACCAUUAAAACAAGAAAGAAUAAAUUAUUGGAAGCUAGUGUCAAAAUGAAUAGAAUCCAAAUGCUCUUCAACCGCCAGCAAGGGAUAGCAAAUGACUACACAUAUGAUUUUGCUCUGGGCCGGCUUUGUGUAGCUAAAGAAGACAGUUGGCGUGGAAUAUUGCCCUCUAACUAUAGUUCAGACUAUAAUCCGGAACCUCCAAUAUUUUCGGCGAAAUUCGCUAACUGUGAUAGUUUCAAACACAUUUUAGCCAUCGCUAAUGAAGAUGGAAAGAUUGCGCUACAAGAUGUCACAAAAAGAAAUGAAGAUCCGGAAGAACGAGCUCUUAAUGCACCACAGUGCCAUUACAAUGCAGUGUUCGAUUUGGAAUGGGCGCCUGGGCAAAUGAAAUUCGUGUCUGCAUCUGGCGACCACACAGCGUGUUUGUGGCAAGUGGAUGAAAGUGGGGAAAUACGUAUUUUACGCUCAUUUGUGGGGCAUACACGCUCUGUGAAGACAGCGGCUUUUCGCAGGCAUGACUCAUCUGUGUUUGCCACGGGUGGACGAGAUGGUGCGAUAAUAAUUUGGGACACGCGAGCGAAUCUGAAUGUUGAUUUGACCCCACGAGCGGAUAAUUGCAUUUACAGUGGUCAUGUUGGCGGACCGGGUACACCAGUGUCACAAAAGAAACGCACACGUACACCGAAAAUGACCCCUAGCGCAACAUCAAGUAGCAUUACGGGUUUGGCUUUUCAAGAUGCUAAUACACUUAUAUCAUGUGGAGCUGGUGAUGGCGUUAUAAAAGUGUGGGACCUUCGACGCAACUAUACUGCAUAUAAAAAAGAGCCUCACCCUAAACAUAGCUUGCCAUAUGCUGGCACAAGUACCUUUAAAGGAUUCACCAACCUAGUCGUUGAUGAUUCAGGAUCACGCCUUUUUGCUAACUGUAUGGACAAUACAAUAUACGCCUAUAAUCUGUGCUCCUAUUCAUCUAAGCCUCUAGCGCGCUAUAAAGGCCUUUUAAAUAGUACUUUUUAUAUAAAAUCUUGCCUUAGCCCAGACGGAAAAUAUUUGUUGAGCGGCAGUAGUGAUGAAAAGGCUUAUGUAUGGAACCUUAAAUACCCAGAUGAGCCGCUGGUUGCCUUAUGCGGCCACACAGUGGAAGUAACAUGCGUGGCAUGGGGUUCUACACACGAUCAGCCAAUUGUAACAUGUAGUGACGAUGCGCGCCAUAAAAUUUGGCGUAUAGGACCCGAACAGACAUCCGAUGCCGCAAGUAUGGAGAACUUCCGAGGACACGCAGAAAUUGUACGCCAGUUUGGUAGAAAGAUGCAUGGUUCGACACAUAAGUAUAACUUGCGUGACCUUGAGAAUACGCCCCGUUCGCUUAAACGGCUUGUGGAUCAGAAUGAACGUACGCCUAAUUCCGUGGAAAAGAUUUCAACGAAACGUUCUUUUCUGGAGAUGUUAGGAGCGGUGGCUAUGGCUGAUGAUAGUGAAGCAAUCGAGCCAAAGCGGCAGAAACCAUUGGAGUCUAGAGGACGACGUCUGUUUAGUCCUUCCACGUCAAAUAUGUCCAAUUCGACUAGCCUUACACCACCACAAAUGCGUUGUAUUAAUUUACAACUACUUCCAAUACCUGAAGAGCCAACCAUUUUGCCUUCAAGUCCAGUAACGAGUUGCGCAGUACAUACGCAUAGUAACGACAGUAAUCAGGAGAAUACAUUAGAAUCUACACUACCAUAUAUCUCGCUGAAGUAUACACCACCAGCCAUACCAACGCCACUAAGUGAAAGAGCAGUGAUAGAAAACCAAAAUGCCCAUUAUUCUUCGUCAGCGAAUACGUCAACUACAUCUUCCACCGCAACUGCACAACAACCACCGUUGUCUUCUAUGAUUUUUUCGCCUACCUCAAAUUUGCCCAACUACGUGCUAGAUGGGGAAGCACCACAUUUGAGUAUAAUGUCACCCAAGCGUAAACACAAAGAAAAGGUUGACUGGCUGACCAAAAUACGAAAACAAAAAUUGAUGUCCUCCCGCACUGCGUCGCUAAGCGAAAAAAUAAUUGAAGGUUGCAAUGGUCCAGAAUCCCCAAUAGCAUCAACGGCUUCACGGCUAAACAAUUUGCGUCAGUCGGAGGCUAGUCCGCGCGCAACAACUACGCCACGUCGUCGCAUGUCAAGUGGUACCCGAGAUACUCAGGCACAUGACUCACCUUCAACAUCCAACCAUCACAUUCCACAUCACCCAAAAACACCGACGUCCAGUCGACGCAACAGUGAAACCACUAUUUUGCGGUUCUUCAGUGUACGCACACAACAACGAGCCACACCUGAACCCUUAUCGACUGUCGUGACUGCUACGGACGUUAUUAGUGACCUACAGCCUUUGACACUAUCUUCUGUGACUUCCAGUACACUAAGCGGCAGCAGAGGCCUCACUUAUAAUACGUCGACGCAUGCUCAAGCUACCACAACUUGUAGCGAGUGAUUUUAAUGUCUGUAUGCUUUACUAUCAAAUGUUUACUGCUAUUUUGGUAUUAAGCUUAACUUUGGUUGUGCGUUAGUGUACAUACCGAUUGACAUAAUGUGGCCGUACCUAAUGAGGUGUGCCCACCGUUAUUUACUUUUUAAAAAAGUUUUUUUUUUUUAUUUUCUAAGUUUAUUGCUAGUUUAUAUUGCGUACUUUUAAGUGUAACUGAUGGACUUUUCUAAAGUAAAAUAAAAAAAUACUUAGACAUAUAAACAAUAAAUGUGCAGAAUCGAA